GCAGGACGGACGUGUCGGGCGAGCGCAGAGACAUCUCGGACAGGACCCUGGCCGGCCGCUUCUGUGGAGGAUGGAUGCGUAGGGAAGUUUUGAGCGUUGUUUUGGCAGAGGAGAUGAAGCAGUGUCAGGUCAUGUCGAGAAUAGUAGGGUGCCAGACAGCUGGUGAGGGACUUAUGUAGCCUUCGACGUUCGGGAUAUACGGUUAGGGCCAUUGCUCUCCGUUUGGAAGGACUGUUGGAAACCAUCGCAUUAGUCCAUUCUCCACACCGUUGUCCCAGUAUUUUCUAAAAGUGGAAAAUGCCCCGUGGCUUAAAUUUAGGAACUCCCAUUCGUCCUCACGAAGAAACCCAAAUCACACCGAGUGGUUGGGACGGUAAACGUUUCUGAAACCUAGGUGUCAUCUCUCUCUCCUCUGCGCGUUUUUGUGAUUGUAAGUCAGAUUUAGAGUAAGGUUUGAAAGGAAAGGCUUAGCACACCGUACUUAGGCACUUAACAUCCUUCUUGCUGGGACUGUUGUUCCCCAGGAGAAAUUCUUACUCUCCAAGUCUCGGGGUCCAUCUGUUUGUGAUGCCUUUCCUUCUUCCCUUUUCCGAGCCCUGCAGAAAAUUUGCUUUCUCAGUUGUGCUCUGUGGGGGCCUCUACUUAAGCUAUUGCCUUUUCCCCUCUAGAUCCUGGGCUCUUUUAUUCCGGGAUGUGGUUUGUUUUUAUUUUUAAUGUGCGUUGGUGUUUUGUUCUGCCUGUGGAAGGGAAUUGAGCUACCGUGUGGGUGCUGGAAAUUGAACCUGGGUCCUCUGGAAAAGCAGCCAAUGCUCUUAACCACUGAGCCAUCUCUCCAGUCCCAUGAGCCAUCUCUCCAGUCCCUGCGAUGUGGUUUUAUUAAUGUUUGAGUCACUGAUAUAGUCCAGUAAUAUCAUUGGCCAGUCUUCUUUUGUAGAUAAGUGUCUUGCCUAUACGAUGUUUUGUUUCUGUUGUAUUUUCUGUCGUUUCCUACCUGCCACAUGCAGUCUUUCGUCUGUUAAUUUUAUCAACUGCUGUUUACCAUUUACUAUGUUGGCUUGAUGAUAGAUUUUUCUCUAAGAGGCCCCUUUUUGUGUUUUGGGGUUUUUUGUUUGUUUGUUUUCUUUUUGAGACAGGGUUUCUCUGUGUAGAAGGCUUUAAAACGCAGAAAUCUGCCCGCCUCUGGUUCCUGGAUUCUGGGAUUAAAGGUGUUUUCCUACACUGCCGGCCUAAUGGGUAAGAACCUUUAUAAAGUUCGAUGGAAAGGAUAUACGUCUGAUGAUGAUACCUGGGAGCCUGAGAUUCAUCUGGAGGACUGUAAAGAAGUUCUUCUUGAAUUUAGGAAGAAAGUUGCCGAGAACAAAGCUAAAGCAAUCAAGAAAGAUAUUCAGAGACUGUCUUUAAGCAAUGACAUAUUUGAAGCAGACUUUGAUAGUGACCAGCAAAGUGACACAAAAGAAGAUACUUCACCGAGGAAGAAAAAGAAAAAAAUAAAGUGCAAAGAAGAGAAAAGUCCAGAUGAUCUGAAAAAAAAAAAAGCAAAAUUGGGAAAACUAAAAGAUAAGUUCAAGUCAGAGCUGGAAAGCACCUCUGAAAAUUUAGGUUUUGAUAUAAGGACAAAGAAAAGAAUUUUGGAAGCCAAGGAAGAAUUAAAGGACUCCAAAAAGCUCAAAAAGGAUGAAAUAAAGGAAAACAAGGAGUUAAAGAAAGCUAAAAGAGCUGAAAUAAGAGAUUUAAAGUUUAAAAUAAGAGAAGAUAUCAAAGACAACCGAAAAACAAAGAAAGAGAGGUCUAUUGAAUGUCCACUGGAGUUUGAGUCACCUGUACCUAAUGAGUCCCUCUCCCCAGAGGAUGAUGGGGAAGACUUUGUUUCUGACAACAAAGAAGAGAAGCAGAAGAUAAGAACGGUAAAAGAUAAGGCAGGACAGGAUACAGUGCAAGAGGGUAUUUUUGAGAAACAUUUGGAUGACCUUGUAAGUACUGACGAGGAUGCUGGGGCCCGAGUUAGAAGGAAGAAGAAAAAGCCAAGGAUAUUUGAUGAAACAAAAGAAAUCAAGAAGCUAGAGAACAUGGACACCUUUUUAGAAAGGAAGAUGAUACCUAAAAAGCAAAGAUACCAAGACAAGAGCAGAAAUAACCUAGAGUUAAGUAGGUUACCAUCACCUAUGUCUAUCCAGGCUCCGAAAAGUUCGAGGCUGAGUGGGGAAGAGAAGGGCCUAAGAUCCUCUGACUCGGCAGAGGAGGAGAAAGACACCAAAAAAAAUGAAUCCAAAGAAAAAUACCAGAAAAAGUAUGAUUUGGACAAAGAAGAAAAAUGCCGAAAAGAGCCAAAGGGAUUAAAAUCAUUUAAAGAAAUCAGAAGUGCAUUUGAUUUAUUUAAAAAAACAGAAGACAAAAAUGAUGUUCUUGAGAAUAAUUGGAAAAGAGAAGAAGUACCCUUGGAUUGUAAAACUACAGAUGAUCCCAAAAACAAGGACAAGUGUUCACUUAAAGACAGAAGAAAUACUAGAGAUGAGACUGACACAUGGGCGUACAUUGCUGCAGAAGGCGAUCAGGAAGUUUCAGACAGUGUGUGCCAAACAGAUGAGAAUUCUGAUGGCCGGCAACAGAUUUUGAGUUUGGGCAUGGAUCUGCAGUUGGAGUGGAUGAAAUUAGAAGAUUUUCAAAAGCAUCUUGAUGGGGAAGAUGAGACCUUUACCACAACAAAUACAAUUCCAAGUAAUUUGUUGAGGGAUGCUGUGAAAAAUGGAGAUUAUAUUGCUGUGAAGGUUGCCCUGAAUUCAAAUGAAGAAUACAACUUAGAUCAAGAGGAUUCUAGUGGGAUGACACUGGUGAUGUUGGCUGCAGCCGGGGGGCAGGAUGACCUUCUGAGACUCCUUAUCACCAAAGGUGCAAAAGUGAAUGGGCGCCAGAAGAACGGGACUACAGCCCUUAUUCAUGCCGCUGAGAAGAACUUUUUAACCACUGUGGCUAUUCUUUUGGAAGCUGGAGCUUUUGUAAAUGUCCAGCAAAGCAAUGGUGAGACUGCACUCAUGAAAGCUUGUAAAAGAGGAAAUUCGGACAUUGUGCGCCUUGUGAUUGAAUGUGGAGCUGACUGCAACAUUUUGUCAAAGCACCAAAAUAGUGCAUUGUACUUUGCAAAACAGUGUAAUAAUGUGCUUGUGUACGAACUGCUGAAGAGCCAUUUGGAAACACUUUCAAGAGUUGCAGAAGAAACAAUCAGGGAUUACUUUGAAUCCCGCCUUGCUCUAUUGGAACCUGUUUUCCCAAUAGCAUGUCAUCGGCUCUGUGAGGGACCAGAUUUCUCAACAGAUUUCAAUUACAAGCCACCUCAGAACAUACCAGAAGGCUCUGGUGUCCUGCUCUUCAUUUUCCAUGCUAACUUUUUGGGUAAAGAAGUUAUUGCUCGGCUCUGUGGACCAUGCAGUGUACAAGCUGUAGUUUUAAAUGACAAAUUUCAACUUCCUGUUUUUCUGGACAGUCACUUUGUUUACUCAUUCAGCCCUGUUGCCGGCCCCAAUAAGUUGUUUAUACGGUUGACAGAAGCACCCUUUGCCAAGGUUAAGUUGCUAAUAGGAGCAUACAGAGUGCAGCUGCACUGACCAAAGGACUGAGAUAAGAACCAUCUUUGUAGAAGUGAGGAAUUCUGGUGCACCUGAAAUGUUCACACAUAGUUCCUGUAAACUUGCAAUCUAAGCCUGUUGCCUGGUAAAGUACAACAGGAGCUUUAUCAUACAUAGUCUACAUGUGUGUGUUUGUGCCAUUGUUCAAAAUGUUCAAUGUUCUGCAUAGUUUAUUUCCACAAUGUGGAACAGUACAUGUGAGAACUAUUUAAUUAAAAUUUUGAACUUCAA